GAUGAUCGGCUACAGUGGCCGGUCAGCAAAUCGGACCAGCGACAGAAAGCCAGGACCAAAAGCUUAUAAAAAAAAACAAAAGAGGAGCUACAUGGAAAGGGAUCGCCUGUCCCUAACAAAGCUUCUGCGGCCACCCCUUCACCAGUCGGGAAUUUGACUGGUACUUUUGUCGCAGAUCUCCGGCAAUGUCAACGACCUCGAGCUAGGAACGCGACCUCAACGAGCCCGACGAGGGUCUCGGAUCUUCGGCCAGACGAUAUAAAGAUUUUUAUGACCUUGGGAGACAGUAUUGGUGCAGCUUUGUUCUCCAAAGGUUGGGGAAACGGCGCUCCUUCAUUGAUGGAAAAUCGAGGAUGGUCGUAUGCGUCUGGCGGAGGGCCUAAUGUCUCGAGCCUUGUCAAUUUUUUCAAAGUGUUUUCCCCGUCGGUGCGAGGUGAAUCAAAUGGAAACAAUAUAAUUCGGCCUUGCUAUGGACCACUGUGUUUGGACCCCGAACUUACCUACAAGAAGGACUUUGGUUAUAACUUGGCACUGAGUGGAGCGUUGGUCACGAAUUUGGCCGCGGAAGUGGAGGUUUUGACUGAUAUAGUACGAACUGAUCCCGACGUAAACCUGCAAAACGACUGGAAGUUUUUGACUGUUCUAAUCGGGGCGAAUGAUCAGUGCUUGUCGUGCGCAAACCUACUCCCCACCAGAAAAUACGAAGAGGAAAUUCGCAAGACAAUCGAAACCCUGCGGAAGAACUUCCCUAGAACUAUUGUACACUUCUCAACCAUAUUCAAAGUGAGCGGACUGUAUCAGUAUAACCGCGAUCGCGAGUAUUGUCGAAAACUGCGUGGGUUUGGAGGAAUAGUCGAAUGUCCUUGCGCGUUCGCGGGUGGAGAUACAAGGAUCGGCGGCUACAUGCGCUCACUUAUGGAUAAGGCAGCUGAUGCAUGGAAUGGUAAACUCCAUCGCAUCGCCAAGGACUAUUCCGGGAAAUAUGAAGAUUUUGCUGUUGUCGUAGAUCCAGGAUCAGGCGGCAUUCCAGUUGACAAAUUUGGACAAGACUAUAUUUCCUCUAUCGAUUGUUUCCAUCCCUCAAGCAAAGCCCAUGCGAUUUUCGCGCGUGCAUCGUGGAAUAACUUGUUCCUCCCAGCAGAGCAGAAAGCCCGCGCUUUCGAGCUCGACGAAUCUAUGAUGCUUUAUUGUCCAACAGAGGAGGAUCGGAUCCAGGUGCAUUGAUUGUUAUCAGAGAGGAUAGCUAGAUUUAGCGCAUGCACGUACAGAAAUGUCAACCCUGCGGUAGACGCAUAUUAGAGCAGGAUCGCUUAGAUCUCAUAGAGGACUUUAUAAGUACUUUUAUGACAAACGACCAAGUGGGCGAGGGUGCAGCAGACCGGGCGAUAUUUAUUGGAUGGUAAACGUGGAGAUCUUUGGUCUCGAAAUCAUCGUGCAUGACAAAGCCAUCCCAUUGUAUCAACUCAUAAGACCUCAACAUCGUAGAGUUAGAUCGGCUUAAAUACAGAUGGGCAUUCCAC